UGAACGUCCUUCUCAGUUGUCAAUGACCCCAGCGAGUGGUGAUGGAGGUCGAGAUAUUAUUGAAGAAAUGCAUGGGUACAGAUUCGUGAUUCAAUGUAAAGCAUGGUAUAAAAAGUGUAUAGGUCGAGAAGAAAUUGAUACGUUUUUGACAGAAGUUCAGAGAGGAAAAUUUGAUUUUGGAAUUCUUGUUGGGGCCUUAGAAAAAAGAUAG